AUGUUAAUGAGGCAUCAGGGGGCUACAGCAGCUGCAGCUCGCAGCAUGGGACCGGAACAGCCUUUAUCCGUCCCCGUUACUGUGAGCAUUCCCCGCACUGAAACUGGAAGAGGCUUUUUGGGAGUCAGCACAGCUCUCUAUGUCGUGGAGGUCAGAGCACUGGACGAAAGUCACGAGCUGCACCUUCCCUUUGAGGACUUUGAGAAGGUCCAUGCAGAUUUCGCCCAACUUUUCAAGUCCUUCCCAAGCGAGGUGCGCAAAAAGCUGAGCUAUGCCUUACCUCCGCUGCCCGGUGUGACCUGGUACGCCUAUGACUCGCCGAGGACUCUGGACGACAGAAGGCAAAAGCUUGAUGCUCUUUUGCAAGGACUUUUGCAGCAGCGGGAGGUCCUUCAGGAUGCAGAUGAGCGAUUGUGGCGUUUCUUGCAGCUUGGGCAGGCUGUUCGGGCCGCAUUGCGAUUGCUGGUGACUGGCUUUGUAGACUGCAAACUGCUGCAGGAGCUGCAAGGAGACCCGAAGGCCCUGCGGCACUCUAUGGUGGAGGAUGCACUGCUGCAGAUAUUGGAAGAUUGCCAAGAGAGCAAGGUGGAGUCAGUGGGGUGCAGCGAUGUGUGCAACACUUUAGCGCGGCUUUACGCUGAUGACUGCGGCGCUUGCCUCGCCGCAACACGUGCGAGUGCCGUCCAAAAGCGGCGAGUGCGGCUGCUGCUGGCAAGUGAGGGCCAGGCUGGUAGCGAUGCUUUGCUGGCGCUGGCGCGCUCUGAUCAGCUGAGCUGGCAGGAAGCCCUGGCAGCCAAUCUGUCCACAGGCGUCCUGGAACUCUUCACAGAAGCUGCGGAGGCGAGCUCAGAGCCCUUGGCGGAGCUGCUGCUUCGAGGUUUUGAUGGAGCAGUGGUAUCCCAGUUCGUGGAUUCCAGCCUCACUCAGCAAAGGAAAUCGCUCUUGAACGCCUACUACUGCAGUGAUAGCAGCUUCGUUCGCCUGUUGAGUGGUUUGAUCUUAGCAAAGCUCUUGACCCAUGGCGGCCUUUCCGACGCAGAAGAAGCACAAGCCGAAGCUGGAUUGAUGCACCUCUCAAGCCCAGACGGGGAUAAUUCGCUGGAUUUUGGUGAUGACCCUCCCACAGUCUUGGCGGAAGAGCCUAUGUGGGCUUGGUUUUGCCAACUGCUGACAUGUCCGAAGGAUGCAGGGCGUGGCUUUGCCCUCAAGGUCUUGGCGACCUUAAGGGAGGAAAGGCGUGCGGCCCAAAACCCAAGCGUGCUGCGCUCAGUGUUGGACUUGACCCAGAUCGGCACAUUUCGAGGGCAAGCUGCAGAAAUCGUAUUGAAGGCCUGGCAAGAUCCGGAGGUCCAAGUCAACACCUGGGACGACGUGACGCGCGACGAUCUGGCGUCCAUAUCUGCUGCCUUGGCCCAGCGUGCUGAUUCGGCGCUAUCAACUCACGGUGCUGACCUUGCGGAGCUUCUGGCCUUCCUGGCCCAGCUGCAGCGCCGCCAUCUGCGGCUGGCGACUUUGGCCGAGACCUCAACGUCGGAGACCACGACGUCGGAGACCGAGACGAGUGAAGCGCCUUCGUGCGGCACGGCGGUGGAGCGGCGCAUGGCCGCGCUGGCGGGGCGUUUCGGGCCCUGGCGCCAGACGCUGCAGGGCACCGCCGCAGCCCUGGCCUUGGCCGAGCUGCAGAACGGCGAGGCCCACGAGGCCUUGGCCCGGCUCGGGGCCAAGACCUCCGAGGCCUCCAACGCCAUGGCGGCCUUGCCGGAGCAGAACAAUGCCUUGAAGUCGGCCAAAGCAGAAGCGCUCCAAAGCAUGGAGGCAGUGAGAGAGCUCUCACAUGACAUGGAGCUUCUCCUGAAAGAGAAGAUGCAAACCACGCAAGAGGCCUCCGAAAGUGCUGAGGAAGCCAAGAGAUGGCGAGCUGCGGCUGCGGAAGCAGAAGAGAGAGAAGCUGAGUGGUCAGCAGGAAAUCAGCCGACAGAAUUUGCGCCGGACUUUGACAAGCUUCAGAAGGCUAUUGCUUCUGGCGAGAAAGCUCUAGCAGAACCCUCUGCGCAGGAGUGCUGGAGCAGACACCAAGAAGCCAUUGAGCGCAUGAAAUCUACUCGUGACAAGGUAGCAAAUGUGGAUGCUCGACUGCGGCAUGCUUCCGAUCUCAUGCCAGCCUUGCAGGCUGAUUUGGAGCGAUGCAGGCAGCGCUCCGAGCGCUUGGAGGAGGAAGCUCGGGACCUGCAGACAAGGCGCCAGGAAGUCAUGAAGAACUGGGGCGAGGUGGCGAUGGUGACUCUGGAGGUCGGGGGUCAAGUGCUGCAGCUGCGGCGCCGGCUGCAGGAGGUCCAGGCCAAGUUCGCGGAGGAAACAUCGUGCAGGCUGUCUCUGCAGCUUGCUGCCCGUGACUUGCAGAGAGCGCUGGUUGGCCUGGAGGAGCAUCUGGAGGACUUGGCAAUGGAUUCAGAAGCGCCAAGUAAUGCCGAACUCAUUGAUCACUGCCAAGCUGACUAG